AUGCCCCCUUCCUCAGCGCCUUGGCGCACCCCCUUCCUCACCCACCUCUCCCAUCUCACGGGGCCGCCAAUCUUCACCCUUGCAACACUUCAUCCCCUUCUCGCUCAAGCAACAACAGUAUAUACAACUGAGACAGCCUCCUCCCCGUCAUUACAAGCCCUCCCCCGCGCACGAACCUGCGUCUACCGCGGCCUCUGGGCCACACUCCCGCCCAACCCACACGACCCCUCUGCCCCGCGCAACCCGCCCAUCUAUGAGUCCGACUGUCCCGUGUUCACGACGGAUGCACGCAUGGAGAAGGUUCAGGGGUUAUUUUUUACAGGUGCCAAUACCGACCCCAACAUCCGUGAGGCAGAAAGGGAAGGGGGAUUGAGAGGGAGCGGCGGAGGCGGGCCAGUCGAGGCUGUCUUUUGGAUCGAGCCUGCACGGACGCAGUGGAGGAUUCGUGGGACGGCGUGGAUUUUGGCAGCCGGGGAUAUUGAUGAUGGAGAGUCGGUUGGCGCGAGGAAGGUGAGGGAGAUGUUGCUAUCACGAAUGCGCCGCAUCUCAGGAGACGAUAACAACAAAGAGGAAUGGAGCUUCUCCCGCGAGAUAAAUGCCCAUUUCACCAACCUCUCCACGAUCAUGAGGGGUAGUUUCAAGAACCCCCCUCCUGGGGUCCCGGUCGAGGGGAAUCCCCCUGGGCCUGGAGAGGGACUGGGGCAAAGGGUGGAGGGGGGAUUGGAGGAGGAUGAAAUGGCGAGGAGGAAUUUUAGAGUUGUGGUUAUUGUGCCGGAGGAGGUUGAUAGAGUGGAUCUGGGGGAUCCGGAGAGGGCGAGGAGGUGGCUUUAUAUUUGA